GGUGUUUGACAACCUUCAAUCCCACUGCUAAUAGUCUGCUAUUAUUCCUGCAAACCUAGAACUUUCGCCCCAAGGUCCCCACCGUCUAAUUUCUCGGCUUUUCUAAAAUCAAGUUGACUUCGGAGCUCAAGGCAAGAAACUAUGCUUUUGAAUUUUGAGGUGUAUUUAUUUUACUGGGUCUAGAGUUCAGCAGUAUCUGCUCAAUUGUUGAAUACCGGAGCACUCCGUAUAUCGUUUUGUAUUGGAACUAGGUUAAGUUUUUCUGGUGUAUCAACAUGGGUUCUCCUCAGUCCAUCAUAUCACCAUACAAAGAGUCCAGUUUUAUUCCUGAACCUGAGAAGAAGAUUGAAUUCUCAAGGAAGAGCAGGGGUCUCUCCAGUGGAAUUUCUGUUCAAAGACUGGAUGGAACAGCAAAUUUCAUUGGUGUCCUUGAUGUUUAUGUACAUCAAGCCAGGGAUAUCCAUAACAUCUGCAUUUAUCACAAGCAAGAUGUUUAUGCCAAGCUUUGCCUGACAAGCGAUCCUGAAAAUGCACUUGCCACAAAGAUCAUAAACGGUGGUGGGCAGAGUCCUGUUUUCAAUGACGUUCUUCGACUCAAUGUCCAUACCCUUGAAUGUUCUCUCAAGUGUGAAAUAUGGAUGAUGAGCAGAGUGAGGAAUUAUAUGGAAGAUCAAUUGCUGGGCUUUGCAUUAGUUCCUCUAUCUGAAGUCUUCAUUGAUAAUGGGAAGUUAGACCAAGAGUUUCCUCUCUCAUCAACUGAUCUCUUCCAUUCACCAGCAGGAUUUGUAAAGCUUUCCUUCUCUUACAGUGGCGAGUGGCCAGAAGUCAUUCCCAUUCCUGUUCCACCCACAUCUAGGAUGGCUGAUAAAGCUCUGCAGGAUACACAUCCCGAGUCCUUACCUAACAUGUUGGAAAAAAUUGAGUUUCCCGACCCUAAAGUAGUGAGUGAAAAUGAUUUGAUGGUUUCUGAGUAUUUUAGCAUUCAAAGCAAUAAUUUAGAAUCUCAUGGAUCAGAUAGCUUCUCUGCUGACGCCAAGAACCAGUGUAAUUCAGAGUUAGAUGAUAAUGCUGGUGAGACCUUUCCUACAUGGACUGUGGACUCCCACCAUCAUGAAAAACAUGAUUCUCCAUCAAGCAAUCUGUCAACUAACGAGUCCCCUCCAUUCGCUUCACUCCCAGCUGCAAGUUCUCAUUCUUGUGCUACACCUGGAGGUUCAAAGUUUCUAAAUGAAGAGUCUAUUCAGCCCACUGAGGAAUACACCACUGUAGAGAAGAAAUCAGAUGUCUACGAGGAUACUGGAUGCAAUGCAUCUGAAAACCUUCAUCCCGAUACAUUUCCCAAGCCAGUUGUCACAGUAAACAUUGAGUCAGAGGUACAGGUUGUUCAACAGGACAUUGUUGAUAUGUACAUGAAAAGCAUGCAGCAAUUUACUGAGUCCUUGGCGAAGAUGAAGCUUCCGUUGGACAGUGAUGGUGGACCAACAACCAGUUCUGGCAACUCAAGUUCAGAGAAAUUGGAAACACCCAAGAGUUCAGGCUCACGGGUGUUUUAUGGAAGCGGAGCUUUCUUCUGAGCUAUCUAACCGUUUUUGUUGUAAACAAGUGAUUUUAGCAAUGAGGUUAUUAGUUGCAUGGUCUUCUCUGUAGUGUGGUGUUACCUAUUUAUCUAUUGUAUGUUUGAAUCUUUGUAUGUUUUGGAUGAUUGAACAACAACAUUAACGUUUACUCUGCUAUGCUAGAUUUUAU